UCUCUCCACUUUGGCGAGCUGUUGCUUAGCAGCUAAUAAUAGGAGAUGUUUGCAAAGUAAUUUGCCUCUUCCUUGGCCAAUGAGAACCAGAGCACUUUUCCAUCAAACCACCCUUUUCAGGAUUUGCAAAGGGGCUCUCUUCUCCAAAUGUUACUGCAACGGGAUCAGAAGCAGACUUAGAGAUCUGCUCGAGACUUUCCUCUGGUUUAAAACUUUGUUUUACAAGCUAUCAGGACGAAUGAAAACUGAAGGAUCUAUCAGGAUUUGGACACAUAAUGUUGGGAUGGAGUUGCAAGACUUUGGCUCAAGGAAAGACUAGAAAAUAUUCUUUAAACUUUUACCCGCUGGAUGCGCUUGUUCUUCUUGGAUUAUUAUUUCUAUUGCUGAAUUCGCAGCGUUUGUUCUUCAUCGCUUUCUUGUGCGCUUCGUUUUGUUGUUUGGACUAUGGCCUCGGAUCCCAGAGUCCCAGGGGCCGGUGUUUUUGGAGAUUUACCCCCAAGUUAUACGCGUUCCCCGCCGGCCGCGAACUCGGAUCUGCUCCGGAGACCCAGUUACUGCCACGCUGCUUUCGCAUUAAAACAGAUUUCUAAGGGGAAGGCCGUGGGGCAGAAGGCCCCGUUGUGGAUUCGGGCCCGGUUCCAGGCCCUGCUCUUUUCUCUGGGGUGUCAGAUCCAGCGGCACUGCGGUAAAGUCCUGUUCGUCGGCCUGCUGGUGUUCGGCGCCCUGUCGGUGGGCCUGCGGGUCGCCGCCAUCGAGACGGACAUCGAGCAGCUCUGGGUGGAAGCGGGUAGUCGCGUUAGCCGCGAGCUGCGCUACACCAAGGAGAAGCAGGGCGAGGAGGCCGUGUUCACCUCUCAGAUGCUCAUCCAGACCUCCAGGCAGGAAGGCACCAACAUUCUUACCCAGGAGGCUUUGCUGCAGCACCUGGAGGCGGCGCUGGCCGCCAGCAAGGUCCAGGUCUCCCUGUACGGAAAGUCAUGGGAUCUGAACAAAAUCUGCUUCAAAUCCGGCGUACCCAUCAUCGAGAAUAUCAUGAUCGAAAGGAUGAUUGACAGGCUAUUUCCCUGCAUGAUCAUCACUCCUCUGGACUGCUUCUGGGAGGGCGCCAAGCUCCAGGGAGGCUCCGCCUACUUGCCGGGGAUGCCCGACAUCCAGUGGAUGAACCUGGACCCGCUGAAGCUGAUGGAGGAGCUCAGCCAGUUCACCUCCCUGGAGGGCUUCCGCGAGAUGCUGGAGAAGGCCCAGGUGGGCCACGCCUACAUGAGCCGCCCCUGCCUGGACCCCGACGACCCCGACUGCCCCCAGAGCGCCCCCAACAAGGAGCUGCGCCAGAGCCCAGACAUCGCCCAGGAGCUGCGUGGUGGUUGCCACGGCUUCUCCAAGAAGUUCAUGCACUGGCAGGAGGAGCUGAUCCUCGGCGGCAGGGCCAAGGACUCCCAGGAUGCAUUGCUGAGUGCCGAAGCCCUCCAGACCAUGUACCUCCUCAUGAGCCCCAAGCAACUGUACGAGCACUUUAAGGACGACUACGAGAUCCACGACAUCAACUGGAACCAGGAGAAGGCCACCGCCAUCCUGGAGUCCUGGCAGCGCAAGUUCGUGGAGGUGGUGCACCAGAGCAUCCCCGAGAACUCCACCCAGAGCAUCCACGCCUUCUCCACCACCACCCUCAACGACAUCAUGAAGUCCUUCUCCGACGUCAGCGUCAUCCGCGUGGCCGGCGGCUACCUGCUCAUGCUGGCCUACGCCUGUGUGACCAUGCUGCGCUGGGACUGCGCCAAGUCCCAGGGGGCCGUGGGGCUGGCGGGAGUGCUGCUGGUGGCGCUGUCCGUGGCAGCUGGCCUCGGCCUGUGCUCCCUCCUGGGCCUGUCCUUCAACGCGGCCACCACGCAGGUGCUGCCCUUCCUGGCUCUGGGGAUCGGCGUGGACGACAUGUUCCUGCUGGCUCACUCCUUCACCGAGACGGGCUCCAACAUCCCCUUCAAGGAGCGGACGGGUGACUGCCUGCGUCGGACGGGUACCAGCGUGGCCCUAACCUCCAUCAACAACAUGAUCGCCUUCUUCAUGGCAGCCCUGGUGCCCAUCCCAGCCCUGCGAGCCUUCUCCCUGCAGGCUGCCAUAAUCGUGGUGUUCAACUUCGCCAUGGUGCUGCUCAUCUUUCCCGCCAUCCUGAGUUUGGACCUACACCGCAGAGAGGACAAGAGACUGGACAUCCUGUGCUGUCUCUACAGCCCGUGUUCUUCCCGGGUCAUCCAGAUCCAGCCCCAGGAGUUCUCCGAUGCCAACGACAACCACACGUACCCGGCGACGUCGCCCUCGUACGCGGGCCCCACCAUCACCACCAGCACGCAGAUCACCACCACGGUGCAGGCCUUCACGCAGUGCGACGCGGCCGGCCAGCACAUCGUCACCAUCCUGCCGCCCACCUCCCAGAUCUCCACCAGCGCCCCCUCCGUCCUGGUGCCCCCGCCCGCCGCCGCCGCCCCCUCCUCGCCCUCCUCCGCCUCCUCCCCGGACCCCUAUGGCUCCCAGAUCUUCGGCCCCUCCAGCUCCACCCGCGACCUCCUGGCCCAGGUGGACGAGACCAAGGAGGGGCGCGAGUGCGUGCCCCUGCCCUUCUUCCGCUGGAACCUGUCGGACUUCGCCCGGGAGAAGUACGCCCCCCUGCUGCUCAAGCCCGAGACCAAGGCCGUGGUGCUGGUUCUGUUCGUGGCCCUCCUGGGCCUCAGCCUCUACGGGACCACCAUGGUCCACGACGGCCUCUACCUGACGGACAUCGUGCCCCGCGACACCAAGGAGUACGACUUCAUCUCGGCCCAGUUCCAGUACUUCUCCUUCUACAACAUGUACCUGGUGACCAUGGGCGGCUUCGACUACGGCAAGAACCAGCGGCAGCUUCUGCAGCUGCACAACGCCUUCAACUCCGUCAAGUACGUGGUGCGAGACAGCGACCAGCGGCUGCCCCGGAUGUGGCUGCACUACUUUCAAGACUGGCUGAGAGGCCUGCAGACCGCGUUCGACGCCGACUGGGCGGCGGGCCGCAUCACCUGGGACAGCUACCGCAACGGCACGGAAGACGGCGUGCUGGCCUACAAGCUGCUCAUCCAGACCGGCUCCAAGAAGGACCCCUUCAACUUCAGCCAGCUGACCACGCGUCGCCUGGUGGACGAGGAGGGCCUGGUGCACCCGGACAUCUUCUACAUCUACCUGACCGUCUGGGUCAGCAACGACCCGCUGGGGUACGCCGCCUCCCAGGCCAACUUCUACCCGCACCCCCGCGAGUGGAUCCACGACAAGUACGACACCACCGGGGAGAACCUGCGCAUCCCUGCAGCCGAGCCCCUGGAGUUUGCCCAGUUCCCCUUCUACCUGAACGGCCUGAGGCAGACGUCGGACUUCAUCGAGGCCAUCGAGUGCGUGCGCUCCAUCUGCGAGGAGUUCGCCCGCAAGGGCGUGCCCAACUACCCCAACGGCUACCCCUUCCUGUUCUGGGAGCAGUACAUCGGCCUGCGCCACUGGUUCCUGCUGGCCGUCAGCGUGGUGCUGGCCUGCACCUUCCUGGUGUGCGCCGUGCUGCUGCUCAACCCCUGGACCGCUGGCGUCAUCGUCUUCAUCUUGGCGAUGAUGACGGUGGAGCUCUUCGGCAUCAUGGGACUCAUCGGCAUCAAGCUGAGCGCCAUCCCCGUGGUCAUCCUCAUCGCCUCCGUGGGCAUCGGGGUGGAGUUCACCGUCCACGUCGCUCUGGGCUUCCUGACGGCGAUCGGGAACAGGAACCUGCGCUCGGUGGUGGCGCUGGAGCACAUGUUCGCGCCCGUGAUGGACGGCGCCAUCUCCACGCUGCUGGGCGUGCUCAUGCUGGCUGGGUCCGAGUUCGACUUCAUCAUGAGGUACUUUUUCGCCGUCCUCGCCAUCCUGACGCUCCUGGGGGUCCUGAACGGCCUUGUCCUGCUGCCCGUCCUCCUGUCCAUCAUGGGCCCCCCCGCCGAGGUCACGCCCGCCGACAACGGCAGCCGCCUGCCCACGCCGUCCCCGGAGCCCCUCCCGCCGCCCAUGAAUCACCACGGCUACUACGGCGGCCGCUACCCCCCGCCGCCGCAGGGACCCCGCCGCCACGCCUUCUCCGAGUCGGAGGACUCCUCCGAGUACUACUCCGAGACCACCACCGCCGCGUCGGGCCUGGCAGACGAGGAGUACAAGCACCGCGACCGCAGCGCCUACCUGGCGGCCUCCACGCCCCCGCCCACGUCCCACAUCCUGCUGGAGGCCAGCAAGAACCCCAGCUUCCCCAAACUCACGGUGGUAAAGCCAUACAGCGAAAACCCGAACGUCGCCACCAGGAAAGAGCAUCUAAAUGGAGCCGGUCAGCCCACCGUCACCUCCGUCAGCUCUCAGAUUGCCCGAUGGGAUAAAAAGCAGGAUUACACCCAGGACCAGGGACCCAAGAGGCAACAUUUACCCAGCGACAGACCUCAGGGUCCCGGCAGGACUAAUCACUGUGGCCCCAGGCCUCAGUACAGUAGCAGGCCGCAUCAUAACAGGACUACGAUGCCGGGCUACAAUGCGGGAACCAGAGUUCAGGGGCCCGGUAGUGCCGUCACUAUGGUUACCGCCACCGCCUCGGUGACGGUGGCCGUGCACCCCAGCUUGCCGGGGUCCUACAGGGGUUACACGCACGAGGGGUUCGACGACAGCGAAUCGGACUGUUUCGAGGAAACGCUGGGGACGUCGCAGGCCCGCGGGAAAGCCGCCGACAAUUCCAAGAGGAGCACCUUGGAGCUCCAAGACCUGGAAUGUGAGGAGAAGAGGCAGCAUCCCACUGAGCAGGCUCUAGGUGGCCCACGGAACCAGGCAGCCAAAGACCGCUAGGCCCCCCUCGUCUGGAACCCAUCUCUGGCUGCCCGAUUCGAAAGUCCUGGUCCCCCAACUCUUUUCUCAAUGAACUGUAUAUAGACCUCACACAAACAAAAGGAUUUAUUUUAAAAAAUAUUAAAAGUUCUUGUUUUAAGAAUAUAUAUAUAUAUAAAUAUAUAUUUUAAUACUAAAAAAAGAGGGAAAAGCUAUUUAAAAGAGUACUGUAUAACUUGUGUAUUCUGUUAUGUAAAAGUCAGAUAAUGUAUAAGUGGUUUUUGGAGAACUCCUUCCUUGUAUAGAUUAAGAGAUGUGUAAUAUGUAAAAAACGUUCAGAAAAGUGAAUUGGUAUAAUGAUAAUAGUUUAUUGAAAAUAAGGUCAGUGUUUGUUUUUUCGCUGCUACUCUGAAAGAACUGAAAUUAUUUGCCUUGAAAUUAUGCAGUACCCCCUUCCCCUUGACGCAAGUUACGAAAAAUAACAUCGGAUUAGUUCUAUUUCUCUGACAUCGCAUUCUGAUAAGGGGGCGCUUCUGACAAAGAUGGCGUCUCGUUUACUCACAAAUGGUAGAACCUCGACUCAGACAGUCCCAUCCUCAGACUCUGUUUGCGUUUUGCAAACCUACAGUUUCCAAGUGUCUGCGUGGCCCUUUCCUUGCUGUGUUUCUGGGGUGCUUUGGUCUCUCAGAUAACGAGGUGUUUUGUGGUGUUUCUUAGCAGACCCCUCUCUUUACACACGUUACAAGAGCAUCCAGUGUGUCCUUUUCAGUUUCCUUUGCUCAUUAGUUUGUAAGAUGUGUCCUGGAUAAGAAUUAAACACCUAAAUGGAAUAGCUUGAAAAUUAUACUCAGAUCUCAAAUCCUAAAAAAAAUAAAAUAAAUAAUAAUAAUAAUAAUAAUAAUAAACUCUGUAGGACAGAUAAGGAUUCUGGUUCUAAAAAAAAAAAAGUUUCCCCUUGGGUGUGGUUAGCUUGUUCCAUUUCAAGCAGGGAUCCUUUCUUGUAUUCAGUACAACUGUUUUCCUGUGCACCCAGAAAUGUAAAAGCUAUGUCAGAAUACCAGCAUGUGAUUUGCCGUGGGUUCUGAAGGCGUGAAGUGAUGCUGUUUUAAUGCGGCAAGGGCACCACCGUGUAUUGUAGUUCUCAAUGUGUCUGUUACAAGAUUUCACUUUUUGAUUUACUGUACCUCUGGGGAUUUCUUAGUACCAUCCACCGCGACUGUUCAUUGUCCUGUUGAAAAGUUCGACCCAUUCAUUCGCAGUCUGCAUUUUGUUUUACUUGAAGAAGCUGUGAGAUAAGGAAUUGUUCUAGUAUCUAAGCUGUAUUUUGGGUGAAGUCAGUUUGUUACCUUUUUUUUUUUUUCCUGUUUUGAGUAGGGGGUGGUUAUGAUGAAUGCAGUGUUCACCCAAUUUUAUAUUCAAAGGGAAUUUAACAACAACAAAAAAAUUAAAGGGAGGUUUUUUGUUAACACUUGUUGGCUGCUUUAGGGCUGUGGUACAUAUUACUACUGUCCUGUGCAAUUGUGAGCAAGCUAUUCUUUUUAAAAUUUUUUUUUUUUUUUUUGGUCAGGCUGGCACAAGGGCAACUUGUGAUGUCAAAUAGGGGGGCUUGCGCCUCCAGGCCAGAAGGGUGCUCUUCUCUGUUCCUUUAUAGUCAGUUUAGGCUUUGCCAGUAUUUCUGUGUUUGAAUUUUUCAUUUUUUUAUUUAUACCUUUCUUUGUCUCAAGCAAAAAAAAAAAAAAAAAAAGAAAAGAAAAAAAUGUAAUGGUUCACUAUUGGUCACAUCACUGCCAGUUUAAAUGCAGGGAAAUGUAUUUGAUUUAAAUGGCAGCUUGUGUUCCUGUUCACACAAACAAGCGGAGAUGAGAAAUAAUGUAGCUACUGUACAUUCUGGAAGAACAAAUCAAAAAACAACCCACAUCCACUGCUUAAAAACAUCAGUAUGUAAGUGGUAGGAGAGGGGAUUUUUUUUUUUUUGAGGGGGGAGGGGUCAUUCUGCAUUGGGUUGUAGUUUUAUUUCAAAUGUUUGUCAUGCCAUAUAAAUUAUUUAUAUAAAAUUUUUAUUUUUGUAGUUUGUACAGAUGUUAGCCGCCAGACUGAAGUUUUAUUUUUAAAGAGUAAAUAUAUAUUAUAUAUAAUUAUAUCUAUUUGUUGCUGGGGUUUUUUUCGGGAGGGGAUGGGGGGGGGGAGUGGGGGGGAGGGUGUUGCUGUCGGAACAGGUGACCCUUUCGUUUGGAGAAAACCGUACACUUGGAAUAUGAAGGAGAGGUGCGACUGAUGCUGUCCGCCAUGUUUUGUUUCCUGGCCUUUCCUUCUUCAUGUGAUAGUCUGAAGUAUCUCUUUUGUCAAUGUCUAAAACACUGUGACUGCAGACAACUGUUCAAGAAAACCCUCGUGUGACCAUCAUUUUCCUUCACCUUUUAUAGGAAUUGAACUAACAAAAUAAAUUGAAUGAAAAAAUUU